UGUAACAGGAGCUGGUCAGCCCCAGGGUCAGAGCUACCAUGGGGAUGCCCAGCAGCUCUCAGCCCUGAAGCCAAGAGGGGUUGUUGCUAUGGGAAUCAAGAGGGUACUUGCAGACAGCAGCUGGAGCCCGUGUCUUUCCCUGUUCAAGGCAGCUGGAUUUGGAGAGAAGCAAAACUAAAAGGAGGUGACAGAGAGAGACAGAGGCACAGCAAAAUUCAUGCAUGUUAGAGGAGGGACCUUCCCAGAAUGAGAGUACAGUGGGAUACAGAAGAGCAGGGACACCAAACUGUCAGGCAGCGGUGGCUCAGCUUGGUAGGAUAAACCUAAUUUUCUCCUCUGUUUGUUGCUGGAAAAAAGUCCAGUGAAAACCCAGCUGUAGCAAGAUGGGAUCUGCCUCCUCAACUUACCGGUCCAAGUGUAUUUAUUUGGAUAUUGAUGGAAGAAUUCAAAAGGUGAUCUUUAGUAAAUACUGCAAUUCCAAAGAUAUUAUGGAUCUCUUCUGCAUUGCAACAGGGUUACCAAGGAAUACAACAAUCUCCCUUUUGACAGCAGACAACUGCAUGGUAUCCAUUGAUCCAACAAUGCCUGCAAACUCGGAGAGGUCCCCAUACAAAGUGAUACCUGUUGCCACUGUGCAGCUCUCAGAGAAAGAAGAAUUGUUCCAGAAUUUAUUGGGACAGAUUGCUGAGCAGUUCUCAAGGGUUUUUAAAAUCAAUGAGCUGAAAACGGAAGUAGCUAAUCACUUGGCAAUGCUGGAGAAAAAGGUUGAAUUGGAAGGCCUGAAAGUAGUGGAGAUUGAGAAAUGCAAGAGCGACAUUAAAAAGAUGAGGGAGGAAAUGGCAGCUAGAAGCAGCAGGACGAACUGUCCCUGCAAGUACAGCUUUUUGGAUGAAAACAAGAGACCAACUCCCCGGCGGGAUGUACCAUCCUAUCCAAAGUACAUGCUGUCACAGGAGACCAUUGAAGCACUUCGGAAGCCAACCUUUGACGUAUGGCUGUGGGAGCCCAAUGAGAUGCUGAGUUGCUUGGAACACAUGUACCAUGAUCUUGGACUGGUAAAAGACUUCAAUAUCAAUCCUAUUACGUUAAAGAGGUGGUUGCUGUGUAUUCAUGACAAUUACAGAAACAACCCCUUCCAUAAUUUCCGGCACUGCUUCUGUGUGACCCAGAUGAUGUACAGCAUGAUCUCGCUCUGCAGCCUCCAGGAGAAAUUUUCCCAAAUAGACAUCUUGAUUCUCAUGACUGCAGCAGUGUGCCAUGACCUGGACCAUCCAGGCUACAACAAUACCUAUCAGAUAAACGCACGGACUGAGCUUGCGGUACGUUACAAUGACAUCUCCCCGCUGGAGAACCACCACUGUGCUGUGGCUUUCCAGAUCAUUUCCCAGCCAGAAUACAACAUUUUCUCCAACGUUAACCAGGACCAAUUCAAACAGAUAAGACAGGGGAUAAUUACAUUAAUCCUGGCUACAGACAUGGCGAGACAUGCAGAAAUACUGGACUCUUUCAAGGAAAAAAUGGAAAAUUUUGAUUACUCAAAUGAAGAACACAUGACCUGUCUGAAGAUGGUACUGAUAAAAUGCUGUGAUAUCUCCAAUGAAGUCCGCCCAAUGGAAGUAGCAGAGCCCUGGGUAGACUGCUUACUAGAGGAAUAUUUUAUGCAGAGCGAUCGAGAAAAAUCUGAGGGGCUUCCAGUGGCACCAUUCAUGGACCGUGAUAAAGUGACCAAGCCAACAGCACAGAUUGGCUUUCUGAAGUUUGUUCUCAUCCCCAUGUUUGAAACGGUAACAAAGCUGUUCCCAGAAGUGGAGGAGGUAAUGCUCCAGCCCCUUUGGGAAUCCAGGGACCACUAUGAGGAAUUAAAACAGAUAGAUGAUGCUAUGAAAGAGUUGCAGAAAAAGAAAAGUGACAGUUUGACCACUGGAAGUACUGAAAAGUGAGAUGAAAAGGUCUGAACAAGACACAAUCCCUGAGGUUAUUCUGGUUUUGAGAAGUGCUCUGUUUGCCAAACAGACGUGGUGGCUACAUCAAAAUCCAACUGGGACCAUGUACACAGCAGUGGUGGCAGGCACAGAUGCCUCACAGACCUGUCUGCCUGCCUGGGCGCCUUGUCUACAGCCUGCAGCCUCCUGACAUUGGCACUUCCAGCAUCAGCACCAAGGAUUCCCCAUGUUCCGGCAUGUCCUCUGCUGCGCACAUUGCACGUGUUUCAGCACAGCUCAAAUCUUCAGCAGGUUUGCCUUUCUGGUGACCACAUUGACUGCAGUGCGCAGAGACAAAGCAGUUUAGCUAAGGAGCCUUUUCUGGAAAACAAGCCACUGGCACCCAAAACCAAACGAAACAGUUGGUUUAGUCAAGAUAUAACGUAUGUGUGUACAGCAGUAUGCUAAUUACAGCAUAGCUUAACAGAUGCUUAUAUUCUGACAAGGGUCCUGGCAUAUAUUUUUGUGUGCCUAUUAGGCCCUAAUGACACAUUUCUCUGUAUUGCUCUCUGAAUUUUAUAGUGUUCACAGUACAUUCAGAAGCCCAGCAUAGUGGACUCAUACACUAGAAGAAGUCAGAAGAAACCUCAGUGAGUUUGCAGGUUCUUUCUGUGGCCUAGUACGAUUAGACAUCAUGGGAUCCUUCAGCAUGAGCAAAGGAGUACGAAGCUGAAACCACUGUGCAAGCAAAUUUUUAUCCUCAUGGAUGCAAAAAGCACCAAUGAGAAAAGCCUUCAAAGAUGUACAGAUUUUUUUUUUUUUUUACUUUUAAACUGAUCUGCUAAAUAAUAUAUUCUUCUACAGAAAUGGCUGUUGUGCUUGUUUUCUUUUGUGUGUGUUCAGGUGAAAACUGUAUCUGUUCAUAAAGACAAACACUUUCAUAAUGAAUACAAGGGGCUGUAAAGGAGAGGUGAGUCUUGGGGGAGAAUCUCUAGAAACAUUCUCUGUGGUAUCCUUGCAUCAUAAGUGCAACACCAAGAGAUCUUCACUUCCACUGAUGACUUUACUUUGUCAUCAGUGAGCCAUUGCUGGCUCCAGGGAUGCAAGCUCUGCCCGGAGCUGCACUUGUGCGGAUAGCCAGCACUACUGUGAUCAACUCCUGUGCACCACCUUCCCAAAGGGGAGGCCAGAAGAAACCCCCUUCCUCAUGGCUACAAGAGGAGAGCCCCCACCAUGCUGCUCACCUGAUCCUGGCUUUUCCCACUGCGGAAAGGUCAUACUGCCUUGGGGUUUCAGCGGUGAGUAUCAGUUCCUGUCACAGCGUGGCUGAUGAGACCAGUGAUUCACGUGCAUUUGCUGGCAUCCCCCCACUAACAGCCAUAGGCAUGCAGCCAGGGAAGCAUGAUGCAAAUUGCUCUUGUCCUCCUUGGCUCAGUUCUUGAGGCUGCCCCAUCACUUUGCUAGGUAUGAUAGCAAUAAGGGUGACAUUAGUGCUUUGCCUUUGCAAAGUCCGAAGCCGCAUGCAUUGUCUUACCUUGCUCUUCAAAAGAGAUGAAUGGGUGGGGGCCAGUCUUUCCCCCCAUGACCCAGGAAGCACCUUAGGAAGGUCAGCCUCUCUGCAGUGUGUCUGCUACGAAGCUCAGCCCUGAACAGAAACUCAGCCUUCUGCUCUGGAAAUUCAGAUUUAUUCUCCUGUUGUUUCUGCAAAUUAAUUCUUAGCUCAACUCUUGUUUCUCCACCAGUGCCAUUGUCUGGUCUCUUUCUUGUGCAUAAAACUGUACUACUUUGAGUACUCUCCAGUCGCUCAGGGAGAACAGUAUUAUCUUGAAACAUCCACCUCUGUACCCUAUUUCUACUUGCACACUUCUAGAGACCCAGGACUAGCUCAUGGCCAGUGCUCUCUGCUGCUUCCUCUUUCUGCCUAGGUUGCUUUCUCCUUUAAACAGCUUUGUGUGUGUGGUUUUGGGCUUUCUACUCCAAACUAGAAAAGGGUCUGAUCUCUGGAUUUGAACAGUCCAGGGGGACUCCAAAGGAGAUGGGAAGAUCCAAGCACAGGGUCAGCUCCAAGCUACACAGACAUCUUCAUGAAUGGAUGAACUAAGCCCUAGUUUUGAUUAACCUCAAACUUUUGAUGCUUGAAAGUUGGAUCUUAAUUAUGUGGUUUGGGCCUUAUUUCUGUACUAAAUCUUAUAAUCCAAAGUACAUUGUGACCCAGA